AUGUCCCACAACACCCCCUCGCGCCGACAAUCGCUCAACAGGCGCUCUUCUGGCUACUCGCCUGUGACUCCGCGCUCGUCACACGAAUUUGAGCACGGCAGUCCGGCACACAACUUCGACGGCGGAGGGGACAGCAAUGGCCUCGGUAAUCUGGCUGACGAGUUGGGCGAGGUCUGGGACGACGAUGAAGAGGUUGUAGACGACGAAUUCGGCGACGAACUGGAAGCACCACAAGACGACUUUGCUGGAAUCGGUACUGCAGUAGCUCAUGAUGGAUCUGCGGGGUUGGACGGCGCAGUAAACAUCAACGGGGUCAGGGACAGUGGUGUUGCCAUGCCGUCGUCUCCUUCUACAAACAACGCAUUAAGCCCAGAUGCUGCUGCCCGCGCCCGGAAACACAACCGACAGCGCUCGUUGUACGAUGGGUCGGAUUACGGAUCGGACUCGGAUUUUGACAACGACGGUAUCUCCCCGGCCAUGGAGGCAAGGAUGGCUGCCAUAGAAAGCCUGGCCAGAAGGGGCAUGGAAGAGAAUGGAAGCGCAUCAGAUCAGGUUGUCAAGAGAGUCACCGAGCAGUUGAGGGAUCUGGGAAGUCAGAUUGCCAUCGAGAAUGGCGCAACAAGGUAUGUCUUUCCUUUGCUUGAUGCAGAGGCCAUUGCUGACAAUCCUGAAGAGAUCGAGGCCCUUCUUCCCCUGAUACAGACCACACUCGAGCUUCUCCCUCAUUCAUCCACCGAACCCAUUGUCCAGCUAGCGCACCUUACCAUGUCCACUCGAGAGCUUCUGCAACAUCUCGCAAAUGUCUCAGACACACUGCACAUGUCGCGGCAAACCACCACAAAUGCCGCACGACGGCUGCGCACGAGCAAAGAGCAACUCCACGAAUGGAAGCGAGAGAAUGAGAAGACCGAAGAGGGGAAAUCCUACAUUGAACGAGGCGACUGGGACAGAAAGCUGAAGGAGCGAGAGGCGAAAAGAGCAUGUGCAAAUGUGGUUGAAGGGUUCGAAGACGUCUGUGGCAUGUGGAGGAAGAGGUUGUGCGAGGGAUUGGGCGUGGCGAGUGCGUAA